ACUUUGUUCUUGAUAUUGCAAUAAACAUAGAGGCCCAUGUGAGUAAAAGACGAUCAGAUAAGGCGAAGCACUAAGCUUUGAAACUUGUACGAGUGCGACCGACCCAUAUGGAUUAAGAAAGGCUUACCAAGUUGCAUUUGCAUGGGAAUGGCGGAAUGGGAUUGGGAAUGGUAAGUGCACCGCCCUUUUAUCUGCUGCUGAUUGAAUCUUCACGUACAAACUCACAGGUACCAGAACUUGAGGUUGGGGUCCAUUUCCCUCUGGGUCUGCGGAUUAUUGGCCACUGAGUAUGGAGUUGCGUGGGAGACAUUAAAUUCCACGUUCGUGAGGGCCAACAAUGUCCAUUGUUUGUGUGUGUCCUGUCCUCAGAAAGAUGACCUACGCCCCCCGGCAACCAUCAAAGGCAAGGAUCCUUACACUCUCAUUUCCACCCCCAUCUGAAGACCCAACCAUUUAGGAAAAGUAACCAUCGAUAAGGAUUGAAGUCCGAUACAAGACGGCAAAACGAUGGACCCCGCCUCUUUGCCCUUUUUGUGUUUGAAGAUAUUCCGAAGUGGGUUUUUGCCCUUUUCCAUUGCCGACCCCUGGGUGCGGGUGCUGAGCCCUCUACACCCGAAAAAAAGGGAUAUGACCAACGUUGGUGGAAUGGAGAAAGAUCAGGAUAUUAUAUCUACUGCUAUCUUUGAAAGGAGACAAAAACCAAAAUCGAUUAUAAAUGAGAAUGGCUGAUUCUACCACUGGUUUGUAUGGAGUAGAAGCAAGUGAUCACCUAAUUUGGCCUACCAAAUGGGCAGAAUUGUUACUUCCCUUUCAGUUCUGACGGUGAUGUAUAGCUUUUCAAUUUCAACUGAAUUAAUGGCAGUCGUAUGUCUACAUUAACUAAUCUUUACUCCCUACUGUAAAAGUUGAACCAUCAAACUGCAGCGAGAAUCCGAUGGCGAUGAGCAUUUCCUCGUCUUUGAUAUGAUAUUUGGCACCACUAGCUUUGUAGAUUUGUGGUGAAAAGGCAGGGGAAGAAAGAAAGGAGUUGUCAUUUUCGAAAGAGUCUAGAUUUUUCUUUUCUGGAUGGACCAUCGUGUUGUGAGUCUAUAAAUACAGCCACCCCAUUUUACUUCACAACCAAUUCGAAUAGAGAGUUCUGGAUCAACUGUUCAUUAAAAUUUGAGAGCUAAAGCUGUCCAUUUCCGUACCUUCCAAUUGAAGAAAAAAGAAUGUCUUCCAUUACUGUGACUCCAUCAGAAGCUCAAAAACAUGUGGAAGAAACUCCAGAGCUGAACAUUUGGGAAGAAGACUAUGUCGAUUGGAGGAAGAGACCUGCUGUAAAAGGACGCCAUGGGGGCAUGCUGGCUGCCUCCUUUGUAUUGGCUGUUGAAGUAUUGGAGAAUCUAGCAUUCCUGGCCAAUGCAAGUAAUCUUGUUCUGUAUCUGUCCAAGUUCAUGCACUAUUCUCCCUCUGGUUCUGCCAACAUCGUCACCAAUUUUAUGGGCACAGCUUUCCUCCUUGCUCUCCUUGGUGGCUUUCUCGCUGAUGCUUUCUUCACCACUUAUUCUAUCUUCUUAUUAAGUGCUGCAAUAGAAUCCUUGGGUCUGCUGAUUCUCACACUCCAAGCUCAUGUACCAUAUCUGAAGCCACCAACUUGCGUUUCAAAUCAACUUGGGAGUCCAUGCCAUAAAGUUGGAGGUGGGAAAGCGGUGAUGUUAUUUGCAGGGCUUUACUUGGUGGCGCUUGGAGUUGGAGGGAUCAAAGGGUCGCUUCCUCCUCAUGGCGCUGAGCAGUUCGAUGAGACCACUUUUGAAGGAAGAAACAAAAGAUCUGCUUUCUUCAAUUACUUCAUCUUCUGCCUUUCCUGUGGAGCUUUAAUUGCUGUUACUUUGGUGGUUUGGAUGGAAGAUAACAAAGGCUGGCAGUGGGGUUUUGGAAUCUCUACUCUUACAAUACUGGUUUCCAUCCCCAUUUUCUUGCUUGGUUCGCCUACUUACAGAAUCAAAACUCCUGCAGGAAGCCCAAUCACAACCAUUUUUAAGGUUUUAGCUUCAGCUGCGUUCAACAAUAGGAAGGCAAAGAGCUCUAACAACGUUGUGAUAAGCAUAUCCACAAGUUCAGUCUCUUCAGACAGUGUCAGAGACGUUGAUGAACAGACCCCAAUUACUCCAAUUCCAACGCAAAACUUGGAGUUCCUCAACAGAGCAGCAAUGAAUAACCCAAACCAUCCAGAACUAAAGUGCACACUCAAACAGGUAGAAGAAGCCAAGGUGGUGCUAAAAAUCUUCCCCAUUUUCGCCUCCACCAUAAUGCUCAACUGCUGCCUCGCUCAGCUCUCCACAUUCUCAGUGCAACAAGCAGCCACCAUGAACACCAAACUCGGCUCCCUAAAAGUCCCCCCUGCUUCCCUCCCUGUUUUCCCAGUCAUCUUCAUCAUGAUCCUCGCCCCAACUUACAACCACGCCAUUGUCCCAAUAGCAAGAAAACUAACCAAAUCCGAAAUGGGGAUAACCCACUUGCAGAGAAUUGGAACAGGGCUGGUUCUGUCUAUAGUGGCAAUGGCGGUGGCAGCAUUGGUGGAAACGAAGAGAAAAAACGUGGCCUUGAAAACCCACAUGUUGGAUUCUUCGGAGCCUCUGCCAAUCUCUUUCCUUUGGGUGGCUUUGCAGUACUUGUUCUUGGGGUCUGCGGAUUUGUUCUCGCUGGCAGGUAUGAUGGAGUUUUUCUUCACAGAGGCGCCAAUGAGUAUGCGAUCUCUGGCCACUGCGCUGUCAUGGGCGUCGUUGGCUAUGGGGUAUUACUUUAGCUCCGUGUUGGUGAGCGUAAUCAAUGGGGUGACGAAGGCUUGUCGGCUGACGCCAUGGCUGUAUGGGAGAAGCUUAAAUCAUUAUCAUUUGGAGAGGUUUUAUUGGCUGAUGUGCAUACUGAGUGGGCUGAAUUUCUUGCAGUAUCUGUUCUGGGCCAAUCGGUAUACGUACAGAUCCAAGAUUGCAGGAGAGCAGCCGCCUUUCAAGGAACAACAACACAAGUCAGAUUUAGUUGUUUGACCCUUUGUUUCUCAUUUCAUGUUAAUCAAUCAAAAUUCAGAUGGCUCUUCCCACAUUUCUCAACCCAUGCAAUACACCUUCCAUGAUUAUUCAAUCCGAAUAAAUAUAAAAAUAUCCGAUAAGUUAUGAACUAAGUUGACUAUUAUAAUAGUAAUUUAU